AUGACAAAGGAUGAGCGUAAGCUAUAUAUAGUGUCAGGUCCUGUAAAAUGUCAUGACGAUGUUCUGUUUGCCAUGUCUACACCUUCUAUAUAUCACAUGUCUUUUGAAUUUGCUUCUGUAUUUGGUGAAACAAUUACUAUGACACGUAAACUACAUUUGACUGAAACUGGACAACCAUUUAUCGUUUCCGGUUCAAGCAGUCUUGUAUAUUUAAUAUGCUCAUAUAGUCUUAGGAUUUAUGGCGCAAAUAUAACUUUAUUGACAAUAAAUAUUGGUUCUUAUCGUUCUCAAGACGUUAUUAAAGAAGCUCUAACUAAAACAAGUUAUAAAUCUGUUGCUGUUACUCAUGUGGACACAUCCACAGGUGUCUUAUUUGAUAUUAAGUCCCUCAGUGAAAUGGUGAAAUGGAACCUGGACGUUGUUAUUACAGGUUCACAAAAGGGUCUUGGCUCUUCAACAGGCCUUUCGAUUAUUAUAGUUAGUCAAGAUGCCCUUCAAACUGUUCAAGAUCAAAAAAAAACACUAAUCCGUUCUUACUAUUCCAAUUGGACUAAAUGGCUUCCUGUUAUGCAAGCUUAUGAAGCAAAUAAGGAAGUAUAUUUUGCUACACCUGCAGCUCAGUUAAUUUAUGCACUCCAUGCAUCUUUAAUAAAGAUCCCUAGUCAAUCACUUGAAGAACGAUUUGGAAAGCAUAAGCAAAGUAACUAUUCAAUUUAGGAAAGACCUCAGUAGCAAAAAACGAAAUAAUUUCUACACAUAGUAUGUCAGCUUUUUGGAUUCCAAAAGAUAUUCAAGUAAGGGACCCUAUAGUUUGUGUAGCUAAUAGAGGAUAAAGUGAUAAAUAUUUCAGAAUAAGACAAAUGGGUAUAUCUGCUAUUGAAGAUGAUCAACAACAUAGUAUAAAGGUUAAGGAAGUAAAUGGUCAAGUAAUGAUUACUUAA